AUGAUUGGAUUAUCGAAAGCAUUCGCCACCCGCCGACUGAGGUCGUUAGAACAGCGACUGUCAAAAGACGAAAGUGUGAAGAAGCAGUACCACGACUUCCUUCACGAAUACAUCACCCUCGGCCACAUGGCUGCGGUUCAAGAAGCUGAAGAAGACGAUGCAAAAGCUUGUUACCUCCCGCACCAUCCCGUCCUGAAGGAGUCAAGCUCUACCACGAAAGUGCGAGUGGUCUUUGAUGGGUCGGCCAAGACCAGUUCCGGACACUCGCUCAAUGAUUCUCUACUCGUGGGUCCCGUGGUUCAGGACGACCUCCUAAGCCUAAUCCUUCGUUUCCGGAAGUUUCCGGUAGCUCUGGUGGCGGACAUCGAGAAGAUGUAUCGCCAAGUUUCGAUGCAUCCACAGGACCGUCCACUACAAAGAAUCCUGUGGCGUUUUCACGCGUCUGAGCCCAUUCAAACGUAUGAACUGGGCACAGUCACUUAUGGUCUUGCUCCGUCCUCGUUCCUCGCCACACGAACCCUCUUGCAGCUCGUCGAAGAUGAAGGAUGUCCGUUCCCGAAAGCUAGCGCGGCAAUCAAGAAGAACGUGUAUGUAGAUGACCUCAUCGGAGGAGCCGACAGCACCGAAGAAGCCAUCCAACUGCGUGAGGAGUUAGGCGAUCUGCUUCAAAAAUGUGGAUUCCGUUUUCGUAAGUGGUGCUCCAAUUCACUUCCAGUUCUGGCUGGCCUAUCUCCUGAUGAGCUCGGAAUGCAAUCGUCCAUGAAGUUCGACCCCGACGAAAGCAUCAAAACCCUCGGAAUUCGAUGGGAACCUGAAGCGGACGUGUUUCGUUUUGACUUCUCCGUUACCGUAAAGGAUCAACCGCCAACUAAACGCCUCAUCCUCUCCGCUAUUGCACAGCUUUAUGACCCCCUUGGCGUAAUUUCUCCUGUCGUCGUAGAGGCGAAAGUUCUUAUGCAGAAUCUCUGGCUCCAAACCUUGGGCUGGGACGACGUAGUUUCUCCAGAUCUCCAGCUCAGAUGGACCCAAUUCUGUGAGCAGCUUCCCCAUCUCACCAAUUUUCGACUCGAAAGAUUUGCCUUCGCUAGUGGAUUCCAAUCUGCAGAGUUACAUUGCUUUGCGGAUUCGUCUGAGACCGCAUACGGUGCCUGCAUAUAUGUGCGGUCCGAAGCCGCUGAUGGGCACGUGCAAGUGAGUCUACUCGCUUCAAAAUCGAGGGUGGCUCCCCUGAGCUCCACCAAUAUCCCACGCCUCGAGUUAUGUGCCGCUCUCCUCGCUUCUCGCUUGUACGAAAAGAUCGUCAACGCUCUGGAUAUGGAAUUUCAAGCAAGUUUCUUCUGGUCCGACUCAACAAUUGUCCUUCAGUGGCUGAAGGCUCCCCCGCGUACCUGGAAGACAUUUGUGGCGAACCGAAUCGCCGAGAUUCAAGCUACUACCGUUGGUUCGCACUGGCAACAUGUGGCUGGGAAAGAAAACCCCGCUGAUAUGGUUUCGCGCUGA